CUGCUUGCCUUUGAGUGAGGAGGCAGCAGCUCAUUUUCCUCACCAUGAUUAUCCUCCUGCAGCAUCUCUUCUUGCGGGCCACAGACUUACUGCUCGCGACGACCCUUUCCUGCCUCUUCUAUGGCUUCGUAUGCAUUUCUAUUGCAUCUUUGGCCUGCUUCAUUAUCCUCUUCUCCUUUGGCAUUGUGGAGAGGAAUACUGAUGUGAAAGGGAGAGCAAUUGUCAUUCUCGUGUCCAACAGCUCCAUUGGGAGGAUGUUUGCAAGGAACCUGAAUAAAGCAGGUUUCAGGGUGUCUGCUGCACACUGGCCUCCUCGAGAGAAGGGUACAGCUACAGAAGAAGAAUGCUCCUCAAGCACUGAGGUAGCCCAGCUCCACAUGACUGAAGAUGAGUAUCAGAAGACAAUGAAAACCUUCAUAGAAAGCCACUUAUCCCUGAAAGGAUCUGCAGAGGAAGGACAUUUUGGAAGUCAGAUCAUGCACCACGAAGCCUCCACUACUGCGGAUAGCCUUCAGAGGGGUGAAGCAUCCAAAAGACAAGAAGUACCUGUGGUCAGCUCCUGCGGGACUCUGCAUGGCCCAGGAUACAGCACUUCUAUUCACUAGCAGCCCAGAGGCUCCAGGAACAGGUGCCCUGCACACUGACAGAGGGGUACAGAUCAAACGCUCCAUUGCCUCCAUCAGCAUUUAGGCUGAUUUGCACUAGUACAAUUACUCUGGUAAAGACAAGACCUAAAAGCUCACAAAGCUGUGAGCCAGCAUAUUCCUGCUCCAGAAAUGAACAACGCAGA